AUGAGAAACUUAGAGAGAGAAGCAGACGAAAAACGAAGAUCAGUUCGUGAGGGGAAGAGAGUCCAAGAAAGCAAGCCUGAAAACACAGAGUUAGUCCUGAAGAUCUUUAAAGGAUUCACAAUCGAUGAAAGAGAUCUCACGCAACCUUACGAGGGUCCUGAGUACUUUAGAAUUAUGGCAUGGACAGACGAUCAAGAUCAAUACGGAACACAAGCGAUCAAGUCUUACUACGGUCUCCACUUUUUCAAUCAAAAGCUUGUGAUUCCUUUGGAUUCUCCUGCAGAUCAGAAUCUUUACAUUGAAUUGCAAAGAGGGUUUUCUUGGAAAGAUCCUGGAACAAGCAACGGUACUGUUGUGAUGGGUCGGGCUAGGAUUGAGUUGCCUCCUCGGAACAGUCAUUGCGAGUUCACUUCUAAGGUCAAACUCGUCGGUUUGAACAGUGAUCAAUGCGUAGGGUUCAAGGGAUACCUAGAUAUCUCUAUGAAACUUAAUAGAUAUUUUCGAUAUCAUGACUAA